AUGCCUGCUCUGCCUUCGCUUCGGGACCGCUUGCGCCCCCUCCAGACUCGUUUUCGAGGUAUUCUUACCAGCAAGGUGGGGAGUCGCACUGAUCUCGAGUCUCACCGAGGCGAUCAAAUACAGACGCGUGCGAGUACAGAGGCUGAAUCCCUCCCUCCAACACCAGCAGCGCCUUCUCUUUCACCAAGCAGCGAUGCAACCCAUCCUACAAAACCUAUCACACCCACCAAAUUGACGCAGGUUGUAGACAGUGAUGCUAGAUCUAUCACCCCGACGUCGGACUUUCCUCAAGGGAAAUCCCUCAAACCCCCCGGGGCCGAACUUCCGGCACUUCCUGAUACUUUGUCCCUCCCCACGCCUUUUGACUGGAACAUUGAACUUGACCGACCCAACUCGGACGUACCAAACGAUGGCAUCAUCGAUACGACUGCCGCGACCAGCACUCCCCUCCGGCCGCCAGAGGAAGAGGGCGUCUCUACCAACAGGCCUGCACUAUCUACACUCACAUUGAUACCCGUGCGAAGCCGCGAUGUAGCCAAAGUUCCGCAACCAAUUGUUGUGAGGCGGUCGAAGACAUCUGUCGUUAUUCCCUUGGUGAAGACUUGCCUCGUAACACUUGGUGAAAUCCUGAAUGACCUGAAUUUGCCGGGAGCAUCGGCCUGCAAAUUGAUAGUUAAAGCCGUCGACAACUACGAGGAGAUGCAGUCCAAUAUUAAUGCUUUGAAUUCCUUAAGAAUGCACUGCGAUCACAUCACUAGUGUGAUCACGAAGGCACUGAAUGAUAAGAAAGGUUCAGCGUUGUCACACCAGCUGAAAGCUGCGCUCAAGCGCUUCGACAAUCGUCUGGAAGAACUUGUUGCGCCGUGCGAGGGAGAGCAGACAAAGGAUAUUUUCAUUCGAAUUCUCAUGAGCGGCAAGGAUGCCGCCCGGAUCACAGAAAUAUUUGACGACGUGGGGCGACUAAUGGCCGCGUUUGUGCUAGAGAUCACGCUCACUGGCCAUAUUACGCUUGACAAAGCAAUGCGGUCGCUUGAAAAUAGAGUUCUGGCUGCCAGUAUCAUGUCGCUCCCUCGAGUUGGGGCUGCUUAUGACGACUAUCGUACACUCAAUCAAAAGCGGACCGUAUGUCUUACUGGCACCAGGACAGCUCUACUCGAAGCAAUCGGACACUGGGCAGUCGCCCGAGACGAGAAGCCCAUUUACUUACUUACUGGACACGCUGGAUACGGGAAAUCGACAAUUGUACGAACGGUCUCGGAACGUUUAGAUAAUCUUCAUAUCCUGGGCGCUUCAUUUUUCUUCUCGAGGGAUGACAAUCAAUCGAAGAGUACCAGCCACUUCUUCUCCACUCUCGCGUACCAACUAUGCGUCUUCAGUGAAGCCUUCGCCCAGGCAAUUGGAAAUGCCCUGAAGUCCCUAAAGACACUCGAUGCUGUCGAAAAAUCCCCCGCUUCUCAGCUCAUGCACCUCAUCGUCGGACCUCUCAAACGUUUCAGUAUGAUAUCACCCAAUAUUGUGAUCGUCGUCGACGCAUUGGACGAAUGUGAGGAUUUCGAAUCCUCGGAAGGGGAGAGUUGGGGUCGGGACAUCUGGGAUGGGCUGGCAACUCUUGUUGAAGAGCUGCCGUUUGUUAGGGUUUUCCUUACGUCCCGACCACAUCAACAUUUGUCUACGCUCGUCGCGAACAACCCUCGGCUUUAUAUCAACAAUACAUCUGUUGAAGCAUCAGACCCCGACAUCAAGCGCUACCUAAAGUGCAAGUUGAUCAAAGAGGCCCCCCACCCACUCGGCAGGUAUCACGUGAGCGAGUCACAGAUAUCCCACCUUGCGCGCAUGGCGGCUGGGCUCUUUAUAAUCGCCGCCACAGCAGUUCGUUUCAUUAUGGAUCCACGGGCUAUAUCCCCGUCAGAACGCAUCAAGGCGUUGAUAGAAGGAUCUAUGUCCGGGCCCACGAGCCCAAACAAACUUGUAGACAGGAUGUAUGAGACGGUCCUCAAACAGUCCCUUGCUCUCGAAAAUUCCUCCGAGCGGGAGCAGUUUCAGUUUCAGGCUAUCAUUGGAACCAUUAUUCACUUCAACACUCAACUUCGCCUGGUUGAACUUGCCGAAUUCCUUGGUUUGGAACUUAUUGUUCUGCGCGACGUUAUCGACAAGCUGCAGGCCAUAAUUACACUCACGAACGACAAACCACAGUUUCACAAAUCCUUUGUGGACUAUAUAACUGAUCGCGCACGGAGUGGGGACCAACAUAUUCCUCGAUCUGUAGUGGAGGCCGUCAUAGCCUUCAACUGCUUCCGUACAUUGGGUGCUCUUUCCCGUCCCAACAAUUCACCUCAAAGUUUACAGCAGCAGUGGAUUAUAUAUGCGACCCGACACCUCCCUUCCCAUUGCUCGGCGGCUGACAGCGCUGUCUUGAGAAGACUGAGUCGAGAUGCUUGCCUCCAGCACCCGGGCUUCUGGACAGAUGUGGCAACGUGUCUCAUACUAAGAUCACUGCCGUAUUUUUCUGAGGAUCAUCUGUGGAACAUUCAGAAAUCUAUGGAGGCCAACUCGGAGUAUACUGAGGAAGCGAAAGCUAUCAUGAACAUUCGUAACCACCAACGACAUGAAAUACUCUCUGAGGCGACAUUACGUCGACUUAUGAGUUCGCAAGCGCUAGAUCUCGACUACCACUACGACAUAUAUUCAUAUUACACCUUGCAAUACAUGAAGACUCUGCUUCACUACCUAUCAAACGGUCAAACGUGGCAAACGCAUUGGAUUCUCCCCUAUCCGCACUUUUGGAAGCGAUUCAAAGGUCUUCCAAAGGCCCAAAUAAUUCACUCGUUUUUCGGGGAAGAUGCCGAUGACGAGUGGAAUUCCGUCUCCCGCAUGAUCAACGGCACGUUUGAACCGACCAAAGAGGCGUGGUCCACUCUGAGGGAGAAAUUGAUGCAGAGCAUGCCAGAGACUGAGAAAGUUAGUACGGUAGAGGCAUUGGAAUGGACAAGCAUCAACUCAAAAAACGAAUACUCGGAGUUCGGAGGAACAGUGAAGUUGAAGUUGAAAGGUCGGGAGCAAUCGAGCGCGUAA